GGGCCGGGCGGGCGUGGCGGCGCCAUGGUUACAAUCCCUGGCCGGUCAGAGGGGGUUAGGGAUGUCGCCUGCUUCCGGGGUCUUACACGCUCCCCGUCCCACAGCAGCUGGAGCUCCUCAGCCCCUUCCAGCUCUACUUCAACCCGCAUCUGGUGUUCCGGAAGUUCCAGGUCUGGAGGCUCAUCACUACCUUCCUCUUCUUCGGGCCCCUGGGAUUCGGCUUCUUUUUCAACAUGCUCUUCGUGUAUCCUGGGCCACCUUGGCGGGUUGGAGGUGGGGUGAGCCCGGGUGGGGGUUAUGCUGGGCUAGUAACGGGGAAACUGAGGCCCAGUCGACGUGGCACUUCCUAUGCCAGUGUUGCAGGUUCCGCUACUGCCGCAUGCUGGAGGAGGGUUCUUUCCGUGGCCGCAAGGCCGACUUCGUUUUCAUGUUUCUCUUCGGUGGUGUUCUUAUGACUCUGCUGGGAUUCCUGGGCAGCAUGUUUUUCCUGGGACAGGCCCUCAUGGCCAUGCUGGUCUAUGUGUGGAGCCGUCGCAGCCCGCAUGUGAGGGUCAACUUCUUUGGCUUACUCAACUUCCAGGCGCCAUUCCUGCCCUGGGCCCUCAUGGGCUUCUCGCUGCUUCUGGGCAACUCGGUUAUCACAGACCUGCUAGGGAUCAUUGUGGGCCACAUCUACUACUUCCUAGAAGAUGUCUUUCCCAACCAGCCUGGAGGCAAGAGACUGCUGCUGACCCCUAGCUUCUUGAAGCUACUACUAGAUGACCCUCAGGAGGACCCCAAUUACCUGCCCCUCCCUGAGGAGCAUCCAGAGGCCUAACUGCAGCUCCUGGAACAGUGUUGCCCACCCAUGACCGAGUCCUCUAGGAGGGAUUCAUUCUAGAGCAGCACGGUCCCCCCAUCUGGCAGCAGCUUGUCUGGAUGUAUCAGGACCAAGGCCAGCAGGAGCUGACAUUCCUGUCAACCUCUACAAGGACUUACUGAGCAGAGAGAGCCCCUGGGAAGCUGGAAAGCACCAGAAACAACAAUGACUGAACUCUGCUCUGGGGGCCUUGUGGCUGGCUAUGCAGACCAGAGGGCAGGACAGGCAAUGACUGACGCAUCUUCCUGGCCACAUACCCUCCAAUCCACACGGGUUCUAGCUCAGGCUGGACUCCUGCCUCUCCUUUUUAUGCUAGUGUACCAAAGAAACUGAACAUGUUACCUUUUAUUUAAAAGUGUUACUAGCCCUGCCUGGGGCUCCUAUACAAAAACAACACACAACCCAAAUGAGGCUGCUUCCCGUCUCUAGACUCGGGGACAGUGUUGGGGUUUAGCGAGUGGAAUGUGUGCUGAAGGAGGGCACCCAGGAGGCUCCUACCCCAGUCCUCAGGAUGGCACCAGCUGUCCCGUUGCCUUUCUAUUUACCACAGAGGAAGGAAAGGCAGUCUUUUGAGAUGCUCAGUAGAAGUCGAGCAUGGAUGGCUUCAUCACCAGGCUGGGGCAGUGUUGGCAAGACGCCUCAUUCGCCUGAAGUGGGGAAUAAAUGGUCAGCUGGUAUCGGUCACAGUUCGGGGUGGCUGUCUUACUUCUGGGGAGUACUUCCGUUCUACUUUCCUAGAGGAGCUAGGUGCGGUCCCCAAUCUAGCAGGAAUAGUCUCCAGCCUUCUGACCUUGCCAGUUGGCUGCACGGACCCUACUCCUCUCUACAGAAACCCUGAAACUUACUAGGAACUAUGGCAGACAUGAUCUGAGGACUUGCCUUUGCUCUCUUUGAGGAAAUGUACCCUGGGGCCUGAUCUCCAGAAACUGCCUCUUGAAACUAAGUUCCUGGGGAGAAGAUGCCCCCGCCUCUCCUAGGGAAGAGAGGUGCCUGUGUAUACCUUGUGUUCCUGUCUUGAUCCCGGAUCUUCUUCUCCAUCUCAGCAUCCGUCAGUGUCUCCAGCAGGGGGCACCACUGGUCAGCAUCUCCAGUAUUUCGGAUGGCAAUCUCCACUGUGGGAAGUGGGUUCUCACUGAGGGAACGAGAAAGGGAGAGGAACAAGGGCUACUUAACAGAAUAGCAGCUAGGAAGUCCCCCAGAAACCACUGCUUUGCACCCUGCUAACCCUUAGCAGAUGGCCAGGGCAUGGUGGGAAGGCCCUCUUCCUUGUCCUGGCUGCUUUUAGCAGCAGUGCUGACUGGCAAUUGGGGGAUGGCUUCUGUCACUGCCUCAAGCAUGAUGUCAGGAUCUGCACCAUCUGCAAGGAACAGUACCACCACCUAUGGCCUAGAGAGCCUUCCUUUAAGCCAAUUCUUGAUAAGAAUUGAGGGAGCUCCUGGCUAUGGAGGUAGUUUCUUUGGACAGAAUAGUGUCACAAAUACAGGUAACAGAAUGAGCAGGCCUAUUUACCCUCUUCUGUCCACAGCCGGUCCCUGGUACCCACACAAGACCCACUGAUCAGGAAAACACCAUGAACACUACAAGGAUGAGGAUAGAGGUGCAAAACGUCUCUUCCUCAGAGGCCUCAACCUCCUCAUAGAGGGCCACUGGGCUGGCCUGCUUGCAAGUGUACACAGUUAUCCCUUGGCUCAUUUCACGGAGUCCAUACUAAGCCCUGGAGAAGCCAGCCUUUCUACUUUGAGACAGACAGCUGGUUGGCAGAGAACUGAGCCUAGAAAUGCUAUCUCCAGACUUAGAGCCCUUCAGAGACCACCCAACUCCACCUCAUCUCUUCAAGCCUCUUGCCAAAUGGACACAAUGAAUAAAGUGGGACAAAGGCUAGGAGAGACAAGUACUGGGGGGUGGGUAGGAGGACGAUAAGGAGGUACCAAUGUGAUCCAGCAAAGUCUAGCCUGGUAGGAAGCCUCAAGCAAGUUAGAACUAGGUCUUUUCUCCCUCCACAGCCUUUACCCUCCCUUCAGCCUCCCUGUCUCCUGUCCUUCGAGACGGCCAUCCUAAAGCCCCUGCCUGCCUUGCAGUACUCAUCACGUGGCAGAUGAAAAUGAGAUAAACACAGCUGAUUGGGUUGUGUGGGUUUUGUCUAAAAUAUGGGAGCAAGGUUAACUGCUGGGAGGGUUAACAAUAAAGCAGCCAACAUUCA